UCGUUUAGCUUAAAGAAAGAUUGGUUCGAAUAAUCACCAUUUCGGAUAAAAUAGAAGCGGUCUCUUACGACUGAUAGGGACGCUGCCAUGACGCUACCACGCCCCGCGCCAGCCCCACUACUGCUGCUGCUGCAGCUGAUAGCAACAGCAACCAUCACAUCAGCCCUGGCAAGUGGUCAGAUUAUGAACAAUACGCAAGCGAUGGCGAUGGCGCUGGACGUGAAUGAAAUACCCCAGAGGUAUGACGAGGCGCAGCUGUGGAGGAUAUACAACAUAUCGGAGGCGAUGCAGCGCCAAGUGCCCGUGGGACAGGUGCUCGAGCAGAAGUUCGGGGGCAACAUCUGGAAGGAGAACUCAAAGUUUUUGGACAUAUCCAUAGGCAAGGAGCAGCUGAAGGCGGCGCGUUCCUUCCUCGAUGCUCAGCGCCUGGAUGCACAAGUGCUGUCCGAGAAUGUCCAGGCACUGAUCGACGAGGAGCACCUGGAUGGGAUCAAUGCCACCGCCCCGGAACAAGGCCAGAGAUCAAAGAAGGCCGCGAGGAGCAGCAUGCACUGGAAGGACUACCACGAUCUGGAGACCAUCUAUGCCUUCAUGAGGGAGAUCCGCAGCAAGUUCCCGAACAUUGUCCGUCUUUAUACAAUCGGUCAGACUGCUGAGGGUCGCGACCUGAAGGUCCUAAGAAUCUCAGAGAAUCCACGCGAGUACAAGAAGAUCUGGAUAGACGGCGGCAUCCACGCCCGCGAGUGGAUCAGCCCGGCGACAGUGACAUUCAUCCUGUACCAGCUUAUGUCCAACUGGGAGAACCAGCCGGCUCACAUUCGUGGCCUCACCUGGUACAUCAUGCCCGUGAUGAAUCCCGAUGGCUACGAGUACUCCCGCACCACCAACCGCCUGUGGCGCAAGAAUCGGUCGCCCUCGCGACGCUCCAACUGCUUGGGCGUCGACCUCAAUCGCAACUUUGACAUUGGAUGGGCAGGCUACGGCUCUUCGACGAAUCCCUGCAGCGACACGUACCGCGGCUCGAGCCCCGCCUCGGAGGCGGAGACGAAGGUCGUAACCGAGUUCCUGGCCAAGCGCAAGUACAACCUGGAGGCGUAUCUAACCUACCAUAGCUACGGACAGAUGAUCGUCUAUCCAUGGGCGUACAAGGCCGUCAAGGUGAAGGAUGCCAGCGUGCUGCAGCGGGUCGGCAAUACGGCCGUCCAGCGUAUUGCCCAGAAAACCGGUAGCACCUAUCAAUCAGCGGUCACCCACGAGGUGCUGGGCAUUGCCGGCGGCGGCUCCGAUGAUUGGAGUCGGGCGGCCCUCGGUGUCAAGUACGUGUACACCGUGGAGCUGCGCGAUCGCGGCACCUACGGCUUCGUGCUGCCCCCCAAGUUCAUCAAGGACACGGCCCUCGAGGGCUGGACCGUGGCCGAGACGGUGGCCCAGGCCAUCGGAUAAUCUCUGCGCCUCUUGUCCUUUCCCGGAAUGGGUGUCUGUCUGAAUGGGUGUGAAUUGUGUCCAGUGAUUGAUGAUUAAUUAUUUAUGUUUGUGUGAGUGUGAGUGUGUACCUGUGUGCGUGCGUGUCCUUCAUCCUGUGCGGCAGGUAAUAAAAAAAUCAAAGCUAUUUAUUCAUAGAAAACGGAACAGAACUAA